AUGAUGAUUCUACGUGAUGCUAUUUUUGUUAUAGAGCUCCUCUUGAGGAAUUUUGAGGAAGAUGAAAGAGACUUUCUGUUAGUUAUACCAGCAGAAAAAAAUGCUUUAAGGUUGGACUUGCAAUUACUGGAAAAUCAACUUCCAUAUUUGUUACUUGAGGGAUUAUACAAGUUAGUAAUAAGCAGCCCUUCCUUCAUGCAUCUUUGUUUUAAAUUCUUUGAGGAUCAGAUGUUUGAUAGUGUACCUGAGGAAACGGUGUUUAAACAUUUCACCGAUUUGCGAAGAAGUGCUCUAGUGAAAAGCUACCCGAAACAGAAGUUUGAAUAUCCUGAAAUUGAUUUACCUUGUGCGGCGAAGUUACAUAAAACAGGAGUGAAAUUUAAGGCUGUUCAUAAAACGGAUCAGUGCUUGCUUGAUAUAAAAUUUGAAGUAGAUGAGUUGAGAAUACCACAUUUGAAAGUUUACGACGAGACAGAAACUAUACUUCGGAACAUAAUGGCUGUGGAGCAAUGUCUCUAUCCAGAUGAUACACGGGUUUGCUCUUAUAUUGAGCUAAUUAAUGGUCUUAUUGAUACUAAAAAAUAUAUGAAUUUUUUUGCUGAUGCCGGUAUCAUAAGUCAUUUCAUGGGAGACGAUGCUUCAGUAGCAAAUAUGUUUAAUAGACUUUCCUUGUAUAUUCAUACUAAAAAAUUCAGUUACUAG